AUGUCGUCUCCGAUCCCUUGCACUUCUCUGUUCAGACCACUGCUCUUCAUGCUGCUGGCUGUGCUGUCAGCCAGCAGUUGUGCCUACGGGAAGGUGAUACAGCCUGGACUCAAGCCGGAGAGCCACUUCAAGCAAGCAUAUGCUGGAUGCCUGACCCAAAAAGACUCCAAAUUCCCUCAAACUGUGAGAGUCAACAUAAGCAUCAGCAGCAUCAACCAGGACACCAAAACGACUCUUGAUAUCAGCAGCCGCUCUCUGGCUCCGUGGGAUUACAGGAUCGAUGAGGACCACAACCGCUUCCCCCAGGUGAUCGCUGAUGCUAAGUGCCGCCUCUCCAGGUGUGUGAAUUUGGACGGGCAGCUGGACCACAGCGUCAACUCCGUCCCCAUCAAACAGGAGAUCCUCGUCCUCCGGAGGGAGCAGAAGGGCUGCCACCAAACAUACCGGUUGGAGAAGAAAAUCAUCACCGUGGGCUGCACGUGUGUCACCCCCUUGAUCCGACACCAGGCUUAA